AUUCUUCAUUCUACGAAAUGCUUGAUAUGACUUCAGCGGUAAUCGGCAAACUGAAUGUUUUCCAAGUUAUUUUUUUAUUGAGUACAUAUUCCGAGCCCUCUAAAACUAUUUCACUUUCACCGAUAGAGGGUGAUCUUUCUUUGGGAAUGUCCUUAAGACAAUGUUUACACAUUGUGGGAAGUACUUUUUUCGAUAUUAAUAAGGAUAUCAUCAGCACUGAAUAUAAAAAAUCGAGAACCUCUAAAAUACCGAAAAUUGGAAUAGAUUGGAGUAGAGGCGUUAACUGGACCUUCUACCUUUCCGAAGUAUAUUCUCUACAUAAUAUUUUCCACUGUUACGACAAAAACUACCUUUUAGAAAUUGGAAGUUACGAAGACGUCAAAGAAGCAUUUCAGAUCAUGAAGCAAAUGAACUGUUGGAACCCAAAUCAGAGAAUCUUCAUCUACUCGUCGUCCAUUGCUGUCAACCAGUCAGCUGAACUCCUUCAGAUGAUCAGUUUAACGCAAAAACAGAUGCUCAGCAACGUUGUCUUAAUGCUCCCAACUAGAGAGAAAAAAUUUGUCUUUCAAUUAUACUACUGGUCAACAUGGGACAACGAAAAAUGCGUUGGGCAACCUAAAUAUCCUCAUUUCUUUAGUUGUCGAUUUGGCAACGUAAGAGCUUUUCGGGAAAAAACUAUAAAUCCUUCCGCUUGCUCGCUGAACGUCAAAGCCAUAGCUUGGCCUCCUUUUGUUUUGUAUAAGGGCCAGAAUGAAAAGGCAUCCAGUCUAAAAAAAACUGAAAAAGCUCAACUGGGGGGUCUCGAAAUAGAGAUGAUGAAGUUGGUGUCUGCUUUAUUGGGGAUUGGAGUAGAAUAUUAUGUCUCAACGAAGGAGAAUUGGGGAAGAUCCUUCUUUAACGGAAGUUCGACAGAAUCUAUGGACGAACUAAUGACAAAACGAGUAGACAUUGCAAUUGGUUCGCUCACCAUGAGUCUCUCCAGGUAUUUGCUAUUUGAAACGAGCAUUCCAUAUAGUGAAGAAUACCUGGUAUGCUGCGUCCCCUUCCUCAGCCAUUUUGACAAAUUAUCAACUUUCCUGGACACACCAAGCUUGAAUGUAUACUUCUCCAUCUACCUCAUCUACGUCCUGCUCACUUCAACUGUUUGGGUAGCUGCUCAAUUCAGUAAAAAAGAAUUUCAAAUAUAUAAGAACGGACCAUCAGUCUUCCUUUACACUUUUGCAGCGAUAAUCGGCAAUUCUGUGAGUAUUUUACCGAAAACCAGAAGGGUGCGGUUGUUCUUCUUGAUGCUGAUGAUAUUUGAGCUCUUUUACGUCGCUUUUUACCAAUCCUUAUUGACCAGUGUAUUAUCCACCCAAAAAUUCGACCAGCAGAUAAAGACUCUGGGAGAUAUACUCAAGAGGAAUAUGAACAUAUACAACCAACCAGAGAACCAUCGCUAUCUCGAAUUUCAACGAAACAAAAUUGUUGAGGAGAUUUCGAAACAUUGGAUCAACUGUAGGAAUACUACGGAAUGUUUGGAAGAUGUUUAUAACAGCGACCAGAAUGCUAUAUGUUUAGGGAGGAGCUACAAGAAUUACAUUACUCAAAAUAGGGAGAGGGAAGGCAAACCCCCUCUUUAUUGCAUCAAGCAACCGGUUAUAUCUUAUCCUGUGGUGAUGAUAAUGCGGAAAUCAUUACCGUUCAAGAAAAAAAUUGAUGAUAUUAUAGGUAGAGUAAGUGCUUCAGGUCUAAUUAGCAAGUGGACUUCCUCCAUGUUUUAUAACAGUACCAAGCAGUCCCUCUAUGUACCGAAGGCUUUUUCAGGAAUUUUAAGGUUUUCGCAUUUGAAACCAAUAUUUUUAUUGGUAGGCAUAGGUUUCUGCAUCGCUUGGUUAGUGUUAAUAACUGAAAAAUUGUGCUUUUAUGUUUUGAAAAAAAUAUAA